AUGGAGCCGGAGGAGAGGAAGAUCUCGGUGUGGCUCUGCCAGGAGGAGAAGUUGAUCUCUGGCCUCUCCAGACGCACCACUUGCUCCGACGUGGUGCGGGUGGUGCUGGAGGACAACAGCCAGCGGCAGCAGCUGGCCACCCUGCAGGAUUCCGGCGGGGGGAUGCUCUCGGGCCCCCCCGAGUCCUACUGCAUCGUGGAGAAGUGGAGGGGCUUCGAGAGGAUCCUGCCCAACAAGACCAAGAUCCUGAGGCUCUGGGCUGCCUGGGGGGACGAGCAGGAGAACGUCCGCUUCGUGCUGGUCCGCAGCGAGGCGUCCCUGCCCAACACGGGGCCCCGCAGCGCCGAGGCCAGGGUGGUGCUGAGCAAGGAGCGCCCCUGCCAUGGCCUCGGGGCGGCCCGGGCCAGCCUGGCGCUCACGCAGGAGAAGCAGCGCCGGGUGGUGAGAAAAGCCUUCCGGAAACUGGCCAAGAUCAACAAGAAGCGGCAGCAGCCGCUGGCCAAGGAGGCGUCCUCGGCGGAGAGGAUGGAGACCCUGGUGCACCUGGUGCUGUCGCAGGACCACACCAUCCGCCAGCAGAUCCAGCGGCUCCGGGAGCUGGACCGGGAGAUCGACAGGUACGAGGCUAAGAUCCAUCUGGACCGCAUGAAGCGGCACGGCGUGAACUACGUGCAGGACACCUACUUGGUGGGGGCCAGCAGCUGCGAGCUGGAGGCGAGCCGGGAGCUGGAGCCGGGCCCGGGCCCGGACGGGGCGGCCGGGCAGCUGGAGGAGUACGCCAGGAAGUGCGAGGAGGUGCUGCAGCUGCAGGAGCAGCGGACGCGGCAGGAAGAGCUGCUGGAGCACCUGGCUGGCGAGAUCCAGGAGGAGCUGAACGAGCGCUGGAUGAAGCGGCGCCGGGAGGAGCUGGCCGCGGCCAAGGGCUCCAGUUCCAGCCUGUCCGAGCCCGAGUGCAACACCAUGGAGCUGAGCGGCGGGGCCGGCAGCGAGCUCCACGUGGAGCAGGAGCGCGUGAAGACCCAGCUGAGCACCAGCCUCUACAUCGGGCUCCGGCUGAGCACGGAUUUAGAGGCGAUCAAAACGGACCUGGAUUACACGCAGCGCGCCCGCGAGGACAAGGAGCGGGAGCUGCAGCGCCUGCUCGAGACGCUGAACACUUUGGACUUCGCGGACACCCAGACUGCAGCUCAGAUCCUCCUCCCCGAGGAGCGCGUUCCCGGCGGCCCUGCCUUACACGAGGCUGGGCUGGGGGCUCCCGUGGGCAGCUCAGACGUCUGGGAGGGCCAGGCCAGGGGGCGGUGCAAGGACUGCGAGGAGAACGAUGAGGACUCGGAUACAGGACUGAGCUCCAUGCACAGCCAGGACUCUGACUCUGUCCCAGUCUGUGAAUCGCUUGUAUAG